UAUAAAGAAAAUAUCUCUUAAUAAUCCUGAAAAGGACGCUUAUCAAAAAUAGCGCCAAUGCUCAAUAGCGGUUACAUUAUUUCUACAACAACCCAAGAUUGCAAGCGAAUGCCGGAUUCCAUAUUAUCGUAUAAAUUAAUUUCAAACUUUCAGUUAUGUUAUUUUCACUCUACUUACUUAUUUGAAUAAUUAGUUUUAAUUUUAAUAUUGAACAUAGCAAUCUUGACUUAUUAAACAAAUAUUAGUUCUCCUAUCAUUGAGAAAGUAUUUAUAUUAAAGUAAGUCAUUGAAAUAGUAUUUUACAAUUUAUUGCUUACACCAAGCAGAUUAAUGUCACAUAAUAUUAUAAAUACCUCGUCUUAAUUGAAUAUAUUAUAUCUUGUAUUCCCCAAUCAUUGGUCCCAAAAAGAAAAGUACAAUGUGGCUAAUAGUUUAAAACCCCCCUUGGUACCUAUUAAUGCUUAUUAUUGUGACCCAAAAUAUAUUUUCAUUAAAUUAGCAAUAAUAACAAAUAAAUAUUAAUUUGAGUUUAUGACUAGAUAAUAUUCAACAUGGAAGAUAAUAGUCAUUUAAAAUCUGGAUUGGUUUUAAAAAAUAGUAAUAGCAUACACAAAGAAAACUCCAUUAAAUCUACUGUAAAAAAUAAUGCUGAGAAUAAAUCAUUGGAAAAUAACAUUCAAACAGUAAACUGUUAUUGGUAAGUUGUAUCAAUUUAUCUGUAAUUAUAAUUAGUAGAUUUAUUAAAUAAUUUAAUGUUUUAUGUAAUAUUGAUAUAAUUUACAAGAUGAUCAACAUAACAUAACGAUAGAAAAAUUUCAGUACCAAGCUAAAAUGUUACUUAUAGAAUUUGUGAUAUAGGUUGUUAUUUAUUUACAUUCGAAGUGUAUAAUUGCUUCACCCAAAAAAUAAAUCAUUUUAAAGAUUAUUACUGAAAAUUUCAAAAAAAUAAAUUAUAAAAAAAGUCGAUAUUUUCUGGAAUAAGUGUCUUAUGUUAUGUUUAUCACUCUGUAUAUAUAUAUACGCUUCAAUCAAAGCCUGAAGAUCAGUCAAAUUUGGGAUGUUCACUUUUAGUUAGAUACUUUUUUUCAUGCUUUUACUAAACAUAAUAAUUUGUGUAUUAUGUAAAUACAAAUAUUAUUGGUAAACAAAACAAUCUAAUGUUUUUUGUUAUAUGUAUCUAACUUUUUUAAUAGUUUUAUUUUAAUAAUAUAAUAUGGUACUCGUGUAAAAUACUACAUUUCUCUCUACAAAUCUCAAAAACAGAAACCUCGUUAUUAUAUUAAAUGUAUUGUUAAUACACAUACAAUACUGCUACUUUAUUUUAUUACCAGAAACAUUUUAUAUUUAUUUAUUUUCACAACAUAGUUCAUGAUAUAAUAUGUUUUUAUAAUAUAGCUGAUAUUAUAUAUUACAUAUUAGUUAAUACAAUCAUAUCAUAUAAAGCAUAAGUAAAAUUUGUUAUUUUCUAUUUUACUAAUGGCAUUUUUACUACCUAGGAAUUAAAAUAUAUAAUUGUCAAAUUAUAUGCUAAAUUAAAGCUCCCUCCCCCAAAAAAACUCAUUCAGACAUCAACAAAUUGAAAAUGUACAAUAUAAAUUAUAUAUAUAUUAAAGAAUGUCUGUCUGACCUUUAUAGACUCAAAAAUUACUGGACCGAUUUUAAAGGAAUUUUUUUCGAAAUGUUCCACAUAGUCUGGAGAAGGUUUAUAGCUAUUUAAAUAUUUAUAUAAAUUAUAAAUUAAUAAAUAUAUUUAUUUUUGGUAAUUUGUAAUAUAAUAUUGUUUGUUAAUUCUGCAACAAAAAAAAAUAAUAAUAACAAUAAAAUCUAGCAAUAUCAAAGUAAAUGUUGCCCGGACAGUUAUAUUAUAUAAAAAUGAACAUUUAUCUGUUGUCUCUAUGCCUUUUUAAACUGUUCAUCCUAUUGUGAUGAGACUUUGAUAAGAAUUUUCCCAGGAAAAUUAGGCAUUAGGAUAUAGGCUUUAAGAGAGUUUUAAUUCUCAACCCUUUACACUUAAAAAUCAUCCUUCGUAUUGAAAACCAAUAUUAUUAUUAUAAGAUUUUAUAUUUUGUUUAUUUAUUUACCUUGGAGAUGCAGAUCUAACAAAGCCUAGCAAAAUAACAAAUUAUGACACAUAGUCCAGCGUAGAACUACUUACUAUCCACUUAUUUUUUUCAAUUCAAUAUAUUUAGGAAAACAGGAAUAAAAGUAAACAGAAUUAAAAAAAUGACACUGGCAAGGGAUAGCUAACACUUUCUGCACAAUUAUCCUUUUCCUAUAACUGUAAUGUAAAAAACUGAUAAUUAAAAGUUGUAGGUAACACAAAAAAACUGCACACGGGCAAAGCCAGGUUAUUCAUCUGGUAAUGGUUAUAAAUAUUAUUUGAUCGAAGCCAGAAGAACCUGCUUUAACCAUAAUAUACAUAUAAAUAAAUAUAUCAAAGGAAAAUACUAACACUGAUUUAAAUACAGUAUUACGAAAUUUAAAAAAGUAUGUAAUUACUAUAUUAUAUAAAUAAUAUUAUUGUAUGAUUUUAGCAACAAAGAUAGAAAUUUCAAUAUUAUUGAACUAUUAUGUGCUAAUUGUAAUCGAUGGUAUCAUGAAUCUUGUAUUGGUUAUCAACUUGGGAAAUUGGUUCCAUUUAUGGUGAAUUAUAUAUUUGUUUGUAAAAACUGUUCGCCUACUGGUCUAGAAAGUUUCAAAAAAAACCCAGCCAGUAAGUAUUUCUGUUUUACUUAUUUAACUUUAUUAUUUCAUCUUAAAUAUUUCUAGUGUUUCCGCAAAUGUGUGUUACUGCAAUUGGUAACUUAAUGCAAGAAAGCAUUAAAAGUGGAAACCCUAAGGUUUAUUUCUCAAGGGAUAAAGAUAUAAUUCCAUUUAUUGAAUCACAUUGGGAGAGUAUGACUACAACUGCAAGAAGAGUUACGCAAUCAUGGCAUUCAACAGUAUGUAAUUGUAACUAUUUGUCCAUUUUAAAAAAAAAAAAAUAAGAUAUAUAUACAAUAUCAUUCAUUUUUAUAUAAGAAAAAAGAUAAUUUUCAAAUUACUUUAACUUUAAAUAUUUUACUUGUUACUUUUUUUAUGUUUUUAGAUUACAAGAUCAUUAAUAAAGGAAACUGAUAGUUUAUUUGGCGCCUUUGAUGAUAAUGGUUCUCAAUCAUAUAAAUUAUUAUUUGAAAUUUCCCAAAUCAAACCAAAUUAUGAAGCUAUGAUUAAAGGUGGUCAUCUUAAAGUUACCGAAACAGGAAUUCAACCAGGUACUUAAAAAUUCUAAAAAAUUAAUGAAUAGUUUAUUAUUUUUAAUUCAUAUAAUAUUAUGUUCAGUAAAGACAUUUAAAACACAGAAUGAUUUAUGAUUGUUUAAAUUAUGAAUAUAUUCAAAUUUUGAUUUUUGGAAUUUUUAAAUGUAGUUAAAGUUGAUGUUUUCGGAUAUUUAGAUUUUUCACAACAUUUAAGGAGUAUCUUGUGGUAAUACCAAGUUCAGUUUUUCAAAUGAGAACCUAUAUUAAAAAUUCCAUUAAUAGAAGACAAAUAAAUAACUUUAAAUAAAUUUUGGUGUCAACAUUUUUGAUUUCUGUCAACCCAUGAACGAAAUACAGUAAAACCUCAUCAGACUUCACUUAAUCCAGACAGCCGUUUAUAAUACAAAUUAUGCAGUUUAUGCUGCAGAAAAGGUAAACAUGAAAACGAGUACGAAUUUCCCAUAAAUGCAUAAUAUCGCGAUUAUUAUUUAUAAAUUAUAUCUAUUAUAAUACAAAUUCUUAAAUCUAUUAUACAUACAUAGUUUUUUUAGUUGUUGAAGCCAGUAAACUUUUUAAAAAAUACAUGGUUGUUUUUGGUUAUUUUAUUUUAUUCAGACAACCUAGAGUCCCAAUUAAUCCAAAUUAAUUAAUUUCUAUUAUAUUUCACUUUUUAAAUUUAGGUUAGAUUUUAGGAGAGAAGUGGAGUAUCAUUUAUGUGGUGGCACUUCGCGUGGCGUUUUAUUAAUGCUCCACUACUCACCCCCUACCUAAAAUUAAAACUGAAAUAUCUCAUCUACAGUUUGACGAAAAUCAAAAAUUUAUUUAUAGUAAUACUCAAUCCAUUUAUAAAAUAUUCAAUGGUCAGAUUAGGUUCUCAUUUGAAAAACUAAAUUCGGUAUCACCACAGGAUACUCCUUAAAUUUUUUAAAAAGUCUAAAUAUCCAAAAAUAUCAGCUUUAACUACACUUAAAAAUUCCAAUAAUCAAAAUUUGAAUAUAUGCAAAAUUUAAGCAAAAAAUAGAGUGAGCAUGCUUAGUGAAUCAUCCUGUAUAUAUUAGUUAAAAAUAAUCAAAUUUAUAUACUACAGUUGUCAUAUAAGUAACAUUUAAUUUUUUUAGUCAAAAAAUAUACAAAAUACUAUCCCAUAUAAUCUUGUCUGGGUUUUUUCAAGAUUAACUAUUUUAAAAAUUAUUUAUUUUUAGAAAUGUAAAUGUGAGUGUUAUGUUUAUUAAUGUAUUGUCGUUGUAUAUUAUGUUAUUUUAUUUAGCUAUUACAACUGGUCUUAAAGGACGUGGUGCUAAAAGAAAAACACUUGCUGAUGGAACAAGUGGGAUAGGUAGUGGUAAGAAGGGCAGAAGUGCUGGUGAUCAGUCAAAUGUUAAAUUACCUGCUCAUGGAUAUCCACUAGAACAUCCAUUUAACAAAGACGGAUACAAAUAUAUACUAGCUGAACCAGAUCCUCAUGCUCCAUUUAGACAAGAGUUUGAUGAAUCAAACGAAUCUGCUGGAAAAUUGAUUCCCGGCUGGUUAUACAGACCCCUAUGUCCAAAUCAAGUACUGUUAGCAUUACAUGACCGUGCGCCACAGCUACACAUAUCUGAAGAUAGAUUAUCAGUAACUGGAGAGAAAGGAUAUUGUAUGGUUCGAGCAACUCACAGUGAGUUAUGAAUAUUUUUAUUUUCUUUAUUUAAUAAAUAUGUUAUAUUAGUUUGUAAGUAUUAAGUUUAUAAUAACAUGAAUUUAAAGGUGUUACUAGUGGAAAUUGGUAUUGGGAGGCAACAAUUGAUGAAAUGCCAGACAAUUCAGCUUGUCGUAUUGGAUGGAGCCAGGAAUUUGCAAAUGUACAAGCACCAUUGGGCUAUGAUAAAUUUGGAUAUUCAUGGAGAUCUAGGUAAAUAAAAUAAAACCCGGGUUAAUUAAAUACAAUUUUUAUAACAAAUUUUUAUUUUUUUAGGAAAGGUACAGUGUUCCAUGAAAGUAGGGGGAAACAUUAUAGUAACAGUUUUGGUGAAGGUGAUACACUAGGUUUAAUGAUAUGUUUACCCAACAACAUCCUAUCUCUUCCACCUACUCAUAAAAAUUUGGUAUUUUACAUUAUUUUUAAAACUAACAGUUUUAUCAUAUCUUGAUUUUUAUUAAAAUGUUUUAUUUUUUUAGGUAUUGAUCAAAUUCAAAAGCCAUUUAUAUUAUGAGGAACAAUCACAAGAUAGUAGCCGUAUUGCAUUAAAAGGUCUAAAACCAUUAAUUGGGAGUAAAAUCAUUUAUUACAAAAAUGGAAAAUGUUUAAAUGAAGGUGCCAUAGAAUUAUAUGAUGGAAAGUACUUUCCUACUGUAUCUUUAUACAAAAACUGUACGCUAUCUGUGAAUUUUGGACCAAAUUUCAAAUACGCACCACCACAAACUAAUAGUUUUAAAUACAAAGGAGUAUGUAUACUAGUGUUUAAUUGUCUUAUUGCUUUUACUCUCAUCUUUUUGGGCUUUUAGAAUAUGCUAUCCUAAAGCUGGUUUUAUAAUGUGCAAUUUGUAUGAGUGGCUGAAAACUUAUGCAAAUUAAUCAUUGACAUGCACACUGUGCGUUCAAAAUGUUUUGUUUGUGUUCCUAUUUGCAAAAUGUAUUACUAAUAAUUAUUUAAAUGGGAAAUGUGUGAGAUUCUGUGUAAGACAUACCAGAAGUUGAUUGCUGAAUACCUGCCAAAUUAUGAUUUCUUCUGUUCCAAAUCCCCUCUUCAGCGAGUAUUUCAUAAAUUAAUUUUUCAGCAUUAAACGUUUCAAACCAAAACAUUUAAAAAUUUGAUAAGUGAUGAAAAGACUCCAUGACUAUUUCAAAUAUAAUUUUACCAUAGAGAGACUUAAUAACUAGGUAUCAACUGUGAGUAUAAACUAUAGUAAUAAAAAUAUUAAUAUUAAUCUGAUUACAAGAAAUGGAUGUGUGUUCAAAUGCAUAUAUUUAUAUAUUGCCAAUUUAAGAACAACAGUGAAGUCAGAAUUGAGCAGACCACUCAUUAUAGUUAUUUGAAGUUCUGAUAUUAUGCUGACAUUAUAUGUUAUGUUAAAUAAUUCUAUAUUGUAUAUUCUUUAAUAUGUUUGUCAUAGCCAAAUGGUUAUACCUACCUAUUUUCAUCCUAGGGAUCUCGAGUUAAAACCAGCAUUUCGAAAAAAAGGUUUGCAUUUAUUUUUUCCUUUAUACUUAACCAGGGAAAAAACAAAUGCAUUUUAGGUGUACUUGAAAACCCAGCUAUCGCUCGCUCGAACUAUUUUAAUUAAAAAAUACCCCUCGAUAUGUUGUAUAAACUUUUCUACCAGAAAUCUUGCUCCAAUGUAUUAAGUAUAGCUUAUUUUCUGAAAGGAAAUUUUAUCUCCAUGGUAAUUUAGAAAAGUAUUUUUUUAAUUUUUCAAGUGGUUUUCAUAAUAUCUGAGAAAACCCGGGAUAAAAUGUUGGAAAAGUGGAAAAUGCACGAAAUGUAGGUAUUAAUAAAAAAAUAUUACAACCCUUCUUUUUUAUCUAUACAACUUUUCUUCAACUUUACUCAGAUUUAAAAUGAUAGCACUUUUUCUAAAUGGAAAUCUAACUGGGUAGGUACCUUAGGGAGGUCAUUUUUCGAUUUCCCCAAGAGUUUUCCAAGCAAAUGUGAAAAACUGAGAAAAAACAGGAAAAUUGGUAUAAUAUUAAACAAAUUGUAUUAAAGAAAAUAUAUAAUUCUAUUUAAUUAUUUUACCAUAAUAUGACAUAUAUAUUCUUGACAAAGAAUCACUUUUAACUGAAUUACGUUCAGAAUUGUUUUUUGUUUACAAUGGUUUAUCAUUGCUUACAGAUAUACAUUAAAUUACCUAUAACAGUAGCUCCACUGAUCCCCAUUAUCUUAACCCACAUAAACCCAGUGGCCUAUAUGUAGGACACCGGAAAUAAUUAUUGUUAUCAGUUUUAUUUUUAGAAUUUUCCCCAUAUUAUCGAUUUAAACUGUUGGAAAAUAUAAUAAUCGACCCGAUGAUAUUAUUUUGCGUUAUAUGGUCGAACGUUAUUACGCGUUAGUAACAUUUUGUACACAUACAAAAAUUAACCUUGGGCGUAAAUGGGUUAAGACGUCUUUUUUUUUAGUAUAAAUAUAUACCAAAAAUGUAUGAAUACCAUACACAAAUAAUAAAUAAUACGGAAUGGCUCAUGAUGAACUGCGACAAAACGAUAAGUUUAAGUUGACUUGUUGGCGAUAAAGUGAUAGAAACUAACAUUUUUGAGGAAUAUCCAUAACUGCCGAUAAGAUAAAAAUAGAAUAUAAAUAAAUACAAAACUGAUGUAUUAUUCACAACAUUGUGUGCUGGAAGGUUAAACUCGACAAUUUAAUUUUGGCUUGCUUUGUGUUUUUCGUCAGUGUCCAAAUCUCAUGGUGUGAAAUUAUUGAAACUAUUUUAAUUACAAGGUGAACACUCACACUCUUAUCUGUUCGCAUAUCAUUUGCACUACUCAAUUGCAUCUAAGCCAAUCUACCUCUUCUACUUAUAUGUAUCUCCCAUAAUGCUUAUUGCCUUUUUAUCAUUUUUCCUGUUAACAUAUCCUAGUAAAUAAUAAUAGUCUUUUUCUCUCUAUCUUGAAUACAUUCUUUGUAAAUCAUUUUUUUCUAGCUUUUCCAUGUUGUCUUAUACGUUACCUCUGUCUUCAAGGUCUAACCUCUAGGAUUCUUAAUUAAACUGUUCGUGUAUCUCCACACUUCCUAUAUAAAUUAUAGAAAAAAAAAAUAAUUGUAUAACAUAAUAAUAAUAUACCUUUUUUUUUCAGAUAUGGGAGAGAGCAGGUGAAGCUAUAUGCGAACAAACUUUAGCUGAUAUAUCAUUUUUAACAAUAAAUGAAGGUAAAUUAAAAUUAAGCGAUCUAUAAUUAUCUAAUAAAUGUAUUACGAAUUAUAUUAUAUUGCAUAAUUAUUCAUUUUUUAAAAAAAUGUGAUUUGUUUUUUGUCAUAAUUGUUUCUAUUAUAUUGAUGGUGAAUAAAAUAUUAUUGAUUUAAUUAAUUCAUCGUCUCAUUUUCUUCUGGUUUAAAAUAUAUUUUUUAGUCAACUGCUAUUCUCCGUGCU